UAUGAAUAUUGCAAUUUUCGAUUUAUGGUACGCGUCUGUUUCGGAUAGUCGAAUUAUAUUACGGUAUGGCUGAUGUGGGCCUAAGUUUAGACGAUAUAAUUAAGAAGUCAAAGUCGUCAGGAAUGAGAAGCAAAAGCGGAGGUAUUCGAAGGAGGAUUAAUAGGGGUGCACGUGCCAAUGGUUCUGUAAGGGGACAGGGCUCACAAGUUAUUACAGAUGCACGGUUUAAAAUUAUACAAAAGAAUCGAGAAAAGCUAACAGAUGCAAGAGACAAACUCGCAGAAAUUGCAAAACAAAGUGAUGCUAGAUUAAAGUUAGACAAAAUUCGUGCAUCGCAAUUGAAAAAAGUAGAAACACAAUUGCCUGGAAUUUCUCGAAAGACAGGUCGCAAUGGAAGGUUAUCAUUGUCAACUAAUAAGAUGCCUCCAAUUAUGCCACAUCCAUUGCCACCAAAUAUUCCAAACAAUUAUAUGCCACCACCAACAAGAGCAGUUGGUUAUAGGCCACCACCACUUGCAGAACCUCAUUACAUUGGAGAUAUGAGCAUGGAUUAUAAUGAUGAUUAUUUAAUGGAAGCAGCACCUUUACGAAGAACUGUGAAUAAUGAAUAUGCUCCAACACCACCUCCUCCACCUCCUGUGUUCAGUAUUAAGCCUGCAUCUCCAUAUACAUGGGUAAAACCAGCAAGUAAUAAUGUUUCAAGAAUUGUACCUUCCAGGAAGCCUGAUGUUGAUAGAGAACGAGAAAGAGUGAGAGAUUAUAAAGUUAUUGCACGCUCUUCAAUGACAAAAGCUGUUUCUCCUCCAUACAAAGAUGAUUGGAGUUUUGGCACAAAAUCACGUACUAUAUUAGCGGAAGAGCCAAUGGAGUCAAAGUAUUAUGAUUCAAGAAGUCACAGGGAUAUAGGAGUAAAAUCAAGACUAGAUUCAGUUCCAAGCAAAUCACGCACUAUGGGUGUUUUAUCUCGUCCCAAAACUACUUCUAGUUCAUCAUCACAGUCUACCGGUUAUAGAAUUGUGGUAUCAAAUUUACAAGCAAAUGUCACUCAAGAAGAUAUUAAGGAAUUAUUCGAAGAUGUAGGAGAAUUAUUAGUAUCCAGAUUAGUGCGACCAGGCACUGCAGAGGUUAUUUAUAAAACAUUAAAGGAUGCUACUAAAGCUGUUGAAACUUAUCAUAAUAGACAGUUAGAUGGGCAUCCUAUGAAAUGUCUCUUAGUGAAUCCACGACCAAAAAAUAAUCCUACAGGACCUGCUGUUAGAUCUAUUACAGAAUCUAGAAGGAGUGUUAGUUCAAGUUAUGUGCAACCAAGUUUAGGAGCAGUGCACCGUGCAUUGUUCGAUGAUUCUUAAUCAAAUCUAUCAAGUUUGACAAAAAAUGCCAUAUAUAAUGGCAAUGAAUUUUAUUUCAAAUAUUUCUAAAAGGAAAUAAACAUGGGAAAUAGGGAGCUGGAAACAAUUGUAUGAGAAAAUCUUAAUAUGUAGAAAAUGAAAAGUCCUCAAUUGAAUAUUAGAUAAUGAAAUAUCACUUAUUUUAAUUUUAAUUUGUAUAAAAUAUAGUACGCUUCGGCAGUUAAAGCCGAACAAGCACGAUAAUGAAUGACUUUAAAUUGUAAACUACAAAUGCAAGAUGCUUCUUGUACCUUUAAUAUACAUCAAUAAAACAAGCAUUUAGGAAUUUGUAA